AUGGGCAAGAACACCCGCUUCUGGCUGGGACUCUCCAACCAGAAAUGCGACGACGUCUGGUGUGGCUUUGUAGCCGGAAGCCAGGAGCUGAUCUGGUCUGAUGGCGAGACAACGACACACACCAACUGGACCUUAGACCGAUUUAAAAGCGCCGACGUCGCGUCUUGCGCCUACGUCAACCAAGAGGCUCAUCUUUCGCGUGGGAAGUGGAGGUCUGGCUCCUGCGCUUCCUCGUUGGCCUACAUGUGCAAACGGCCGCAGACUUCCGACUGCGCCGAUGGCAACUUCCUUUAUGGCGAUGAUUGCUAUCUUUUUGACGCGACGUACAGAUAUUGGGAGGAUGCCGAGAAGUUUUGUGUCGCCCGGCAAGGCCACCUGACUAGCAUACACUCUGACCAAGAGGACUACGGAAAAACUUACCACGGCUCCAGUGGCUUCUGUUCUUAUUUGAGUUCCAGCAAAUACCUGAACAGAAACUAUUACUGCUACAACAGAUUCCCACUGGUCUGCAAAACAGCCAAGCGCGGAGGGCCUCCACAGCUGCCACCAUUAGUCGGCCAGCCGGACUGGACUCAGAAAUGCGGCUGGUGGCUGGACGACGCCACCAACGACUUCUGCUACCUGAUGAUCCGCCAGCCCAUCAAGACCUGGCAGGAGGCGCAAGACGACUGCCAACGCCUCCAAGGGAACCUGCUCAGCAUCACCGACGAUGAUGAGCAGCGCUUUGUAUAUGGUUACGUCAAGCCUCUGACGAAUGCAUCCUCUCUGUGGUUGGGCGCCGAUGUCUCCGUCAGUGCCAAAGGCAGCAAGUGGGCUGACGGAUCCCCGAUCGAAUACGUCCGCCCGACUUCAGGUACCGUCGAUGGUAAUUGUCUUUCCUUCCUCACUGGCGACGGCGACUGGAAGUACGACUCGUGCAACAACGAGAGAGGUUACGUCUGCAAGAAAAGAGGAAAUGUAAAGGCUACGCCGACUCCUGACUCCAACAAGUGUCUUCCCGGGUGGCUCGAGCACGACUCCAGGUGCUACAAGAAGGAGAUGAUUCCCAACGGUUGGCUGGGCGCCUGGCACCACUGCGUCUGGGUGGGCGGCAACCUGCUCUCCAUCACCUCCUCGGCCGAGGAGGACUUUGUGAAGCGCACCAUGGGCAAGGACACCCCCUUCUGGCUGGGACUCUCCAACCAGAAAUGCGGCAAGGUCUGGUGUCGCUUUGAAGGCGGGAGCCAGAACCUGACCUGGUCCGAUAAUCAGACAACGACAUACACCAACUGGGCCUUAAAUCAAGUCGAAAGUGCCGACGUUGCGUCCUGCGCCUACGUCAACCAAGGGGGAAGUGGUGAGCCUGGCAAGUGGAGGUCUGGCUCCUGUCAUUCCUCAUUGGCCUACAUGUGCAAACGGCCGCUGAGCUGCCCGAAGGGACAGACGUGUUCCCCCAAAAGGGGUCCUGCUGUAGUGAAGACCUCCGACUGCCAGGACAACACCUUCCACUAUGGCGAUUAUUGUUAUCGUUACGAGAAGACGGAAAAAACCUUUGACAAUGCCGAGAAGUUGUGUCGUUCCCGGGAAGGCCACCUGGCUAGCGUCCACUCCAAGGAAGAGGCCCAAUUUGUGUAUGAUCACUCGCAGACCUCACAAUCUGUUUUCGUGGGACUCAAGAAGGAGGACGACGACUACGAGUGGAGUGAUGGAACAACUUAUGACUACAACAACUGGAAAAAUGACACCAAGGGGGACUGUGCAUUCCCAAAUUCUGUUGGGGAGUUGAGUGCCAGCUCCUGCACAACGGAGCGGCCAUUUGUCUGCAAAAGAGCCCAGCGCGGAGGGCUUCCACAGCUGCCAUCACUAGUCGGCCAACCGAGAUGGACUGACACAUGCGGCUGGUGGCUGAACGACCCAACCAACGACUUCUGCUACCUGAUGAUCCGCCAGCCCACCAAGACCUGGCAGGAGGCGCAAGCCAACUGCCAACGCCUCCACGGGAACCUGCUCAGCAUCACCGACUAUGAAGAGCAGCGCUUUGUACAUGGUUACGCCAUGUCUCUGCCCUCUCUGUGGUUGGGCGCCGAUGUCUCCACCACGGAAGAUGACGCCCAAUGGAUUGACGGAUCCCCGUUCACUUACAUCCACUCGAGUGCCGGUGACGCCGAAGGUGGGAAGUGUCUUUCCUUAAUCACUGACAGUGGCGACUGGAAGCACGACACGUGCGACGAGAAGAGAAGCUACGUCUGCAAGAAGAUGAAAAAAGGAGUGGCAGAACUUUCGCUGUCUUCUGACGCCAGCAGGUGUGAUCCCGGGUGGCUCGAGCACAACUCCAGCUGCUACAAGAAGGAGAUGGAGCCCAACGGUUGGCUGGGGGCCUGGCACCACUGCUUCUGGAUGGGCGGCAACCUGCUCUCCAUCACCUCCUCGGCCGAGGAGGACUUUGUGAAGCGCACCAUGGGCGAGGAUACCCGCUUCUGGCUGGGACUCUCCAACCAGAAAUGCGACGAGUUCUGGUGUCGCUUUGAAGGCGGGAGCCAGAACCUGACCUGGUCCGAUGGCCAGACAACAACACACCGCAACUGGGCCUCAAAUCAACUCGAAAGCGCCAACGUUGCGUCCUGCGCCUACGUCAACCAAGGGGGAAGGGGUGAGCCCGGCAAGUGGAGGUCUGGCUCCUGUGAUUCCUCGUUGGCCUACAUGUGCAAACGGCCGCUGAGCUGCCCGGAGGGACGGACGUCUUCCCCCAAAACACGCUUAUUUGCACUUUAA